UGAUACACACACACACACACAUAUAUAUUUUAAAGUGAGUGUUCAAGUAUAAUAAAUAUGGCAUAAUCAUACAUGUAAGGAAUGUAAAUGUUUUCAUUAACUUGAAAGUUAAUAUUUUUAUGAAAUCAUCCAUUUAGUUGGUAGAUAACUGAGAGAAAAUCAAAGACGUGUUGUAGCAUUAUGCUGCUAAUUUGUUUAGUUUCUUUCUUUGUCUAAAACUCCUGAUUUUACUUGCCAGUUUUAAAAGAAGCCCAUAAAAUCUAUACUCAUUCUCAUUGACCAAAAGAAAUAGAUACAUUAUGAAAAUCUCUGUGUUAUUUUUUUUAUUGGCUACCACUAGAUUAAAUGCUCAAAGUAUAAAAACUGUAUAUUAAAAUCACCUUAUCCAAUCAUUACAGCUAGAUAUGAUAUAUUUUACUUCUUUUUUUAUAUAUGUUAAAGCUGUUUGGUAAGCAAAACUAAAUUGCUACUAGAAAUAAAUGCAGUAAGUUAAUGAAGAUAAGUAUCACUAGUACUGCCUUUGGUGUCUUACAGACUUAUUGCUAAUAUGAAGUUACUGAUAGGAACUUUAGAGCUUUUUAUUUCCAAAAUUCAUGACGAUAAAAAUAUCUAUUGAAUAAUAAGCUAAUAUUGUAUUGUUUGUUAAUAGUAAAUAGACAAAUAGCCUUUUUAAAUAAACAAAUUAACAUGUAAAGGGUUUUAUACCAUUUAAAUGAAUACUAGAUUUGGAUUAGUUCUUUCUUUUUUAAACAGAGUUGUUAUAUAACACCACAAAAAGAAUAAAAAAUAUAUACAAUAGGAACAAGUUUAAAAGUGGGUAAACAUCUGUAUACAAAAUGGUUUUUCUCUCAUAAUUUUCCCAUUUCAUUGAAAACUAUUGGAGCAUUUGUACAAAAGAGGGGGAGAGUAAGUUUCUUUUUAACAUACCUAAUGAAGUGGAAAGGGGCUUGGGCCAAUUUUCUUGUUGUAUGAAUGUUCCUGCAAUGGGACAGGAGUAGUAAAAUGGUCAAAGACCAGAGAAAAGGUUGGGAUUUGUCAAUCUGCUUCACGUCUGCCUGCUGUUGCUUUUGUUCAUUGAGGAAUCAAAUGCAUCAGCUAGGCUAAUGGAGCCACGUGUGUCUUCAGUACAUUUCUCUCUUUGGGAUUCGUAAUCUCCUAUCUCUUGCCUGGCUUCCCACCUUUCAUUGUAGACAGUACUUUUUAUCAUUGUCAAUAAUGCUAUUUGGUGCAGUGAGCUUACUGCACUCUCCGAUCAUACCAAGCAACUGCAGUAGUCAGCCACUGUAAGAUACUAAUUAUCAUUGCAUACUGAAACAUCUAAUUUAAACCGUCAUCCAUCACUAGUGGGAAUUGACAACUGGCGCAUUAUGUAGAAUUUCUACAUUGGACUCAUGUGCAGGAGGGAGUUGUCGGCAAGAUCAAAAGAACCUUGUCAGGGAACAUCAGUCGACCUGCCGUGCUGCCAAAUGCAGUUUGCAAAUAACAUUUGCUGUGUGAAUUCCCAUCUACUGUGAGUUAACUAAUAAUAAUAUAGAAAAUUACAGGACAAAAAAUGCUAUCAAGCAGAUAUCAGUGGUGCUACUGCACAUGACAUCUUCAAGUUAAAAUGCUAAUAACUUAUUGAUUGUGUUAAUUGACAAAAAUAAAAGUUUAUAUUUGAUCUUGGGUAUCAGAUGUGCUUGUGAUAAAUAUUUACAUUUCAUAUGAUGGUAUUAAUAGAUGGAUUAUGCAGUAUGUGGAAGGGUUUUCAGUUGACACUAUUUUAUAUGUAUUUACAUUAAACUGUGUUUUUAAAAUAAUACAUUUAGCAAAAUGUCAUAAUUAUUUAAGAAAGUGGGAAAAUUAUGUUAAGUAUAAUUAAUGAAAGAGGUAAGGUUGAAAAGUUUAAUCAUAUUUUUGCAUUUCAAGUAGGUUCUCUCAGUAACUCAUAAAAGCUUGGGGAUUUAUAUUGCUAAAAAUCAGGUUAUGAUGCUCUAGGUGACCUGAAUUCAGAUAACUCAUUGUGUAGUUUUGUGCAUAAAAGGAAAAAAAAACAUUUAAAAUAUUUUGUUCAAUUACCUCAAUUGAAUUAAUUUUUAAGACUGUAAUAGAUAUCAUGCAUAACUAAAUACUUAUUCAGAAUGACUAUUAUAAAUAUUUAAUUAUUCCCAUUGUAAAUUCCUGUGACUAAAUAAAAUUUUAUAAAGUAUUUGAACAUGGAGGUCUGUUGUUUUCAUGUUUCAGUUACUUGUAUUCUACCUUAGAACUACUGUCAAGUAUGUUACUUCUCCAGUUUUUUUAUCGACUCAAAUGAAAGUUUUUUAUCACAAAUAUGAAAUACAUUUCAGCUUUUUUGUAUUGUUAGAGAAAAUAUAACAAAUACUUUCACUUAUCACAGGACAGCUAAUGAUUAAGUACUGACCACAGGUUUGUGAAUGUGUAUAUAAAAAAGGACUUUACAUACCAAAACAUAUAGCAUGUCCCAAAAUUGAUUUGCACAGUACCAAUCCCUAUUUACUUACAUAUUUAUAAAUUUGGGAUCAUUUUCUCAGUUAACUUUCACUCUACAGUAGUAUUCAUAGUGAUCAGGAUUAUUGAGACAAAUUUCAGAAUCAAUCUGAAGAAAAGAAAUUGAAAUUAGUUAGGGUGAACUCAUUUUUUUAGCCACCCUCUAUGUGUAAGAUGUAUUUUAGUAUGAUAAAUUUUAAUCAAAAGCCAAAUUGAUGUGAGAAAAUAAUUUUUCUUGAAUAUUUGUGAUCUAUUUUAUUUUAUUUUUUCGUAGGCUGGUAAGGUUACCAUGGUUUCUUCACCUCAUCCAUCAUCACCUCUUCCUUUCAUGAUGUAUAAUGGUGAUGCUUUCACACAACCACCUCCAGCACAUAUGGGCAUCCCACCUGUCCAUAUAGAUCCCAAAACAGUUGCUUCACUCUCUCCAGGAAUUCCCCGAACUCCGAUGUAUCCGUUACCAGGACCGGGCCACUAUCCUCACCCUGUAUUUAGCUCCGAUUUUACACAACAGUUUCAGUGGCAUACUCCUAGUAUGUAUACCAUGACAUCUGCUGGGUUUCGGGGACCAUAUCCUACCAGCCUUCAAGUGUCAUCAGCAAGUAUACCAAGGUUUAGUCCUCACACUCUCCUACCUCCUCAUCCUGGUAUACACACCCAUCCAGGAUUUCACCAUCCUGCACUGUUGACUCCAGGACCAAAACAUGGGGUUCCUUUAUCACCAGGAGAAGGCAGCAGGUACUGGCAUUUACCUAACUAUCUGCCAGACCAUAAACCAACCUCUGCAAAAUGCAGUGAAUCCAGUGGUCCUUCCACUCACAGUAGUAUGUCUCUCCAGCAGGAAGCAGAAAAGAAAAAGAGCCAUGUCAAGAAACCUCUUAAUGCUUUUAUGUUAUAUAUGAAGGAGAUGCGUGCCAAAGUUGUUGCAGAAUGCACAUUAAAAGAAAGUGCUGCUAUUAACCAAAUAUUAGGAAGGAGAUGGCACAGCUUGUCCAGGGAAGAACAAUCUAAAUACUAUGAAAUGGCUCGGAAAGAACGCCAACUUCAUUUGCAGCUGUAUCCAGGGUGGAGUGCUCGAGAGAAUUAUGCACAAAACAAGAAGAAGAAGAAGAAAAAAAAAGAUAAAAGUGCUGAUGGAGCAAACAAUCCCAAGAAAUGUCGAGCAAGGUUUGGUCUGGACCAGCAGAAUCGCUGGUGCAAGCCUUGUAGACGGAAGAAAAAGUGCAUCCGAUAUUUAGAUGGAACAGACCUUAGGGAUAGCGAAGACAACACUGGUAGUGUUAGUAGUAUAGAAGAUCCUACUCCAGACUCCAAAUGUGCAACAGAAAGUGAUCAAGAUGGACUCAACACUUCUUCUGAACUUAGUCUUUCCAGCCCUUCAGUUCCUAGUGAAAUUGAUGUUAAGUCUGAGCCAAGUAAAAACGGAAUUAACACAGGUUUGCAAAAUGCUGUAUCAUUAUUUCCAACAAGUAGCUCACAGAGUAGCAACCACCCUCUUAGUAUUAAGCACUUGACAGCACCUUAUCUCAAAAGAAAAAAUAUAUCACAAGGAGAAACUACCAAUAUGUCCGUUUCUCAGCUUCCCACUCCUGCCUCUGCAGACUCUUCAACCCCUGUGUCAACAGCUGCACCUCCCAUGUUGAUUGUAUAGUAAUUUAACGUAGUGGGAAAUGGAAUUGUCAAAAAAAAAGUAUUGAUAUUUUGUAGAUAUUUGAUUGGCUCAUUGUUAGGUCUGUGUGAUCGAUUAUAUCUGCCACUUGGAGGAGCGCAGUCUUGUCCAUUACUUUGCUCAUGUAGAUAUCGCGGGAAUGAAAACAGUCAGCGAAAACUGGUUGGAAGAAAACUUUGAACUGAAGAUUUGUGUUUUCACCAAACCAUAUUGUUUUCCAUUACAUUUUGUAUGUAUUAAAAAUAGUUUGUUGAACUUAAUCUUUAUCAAUGUGACCGUUAUUUCUGUGAUGAACAUGUAUAUUAAUUACCCUAUACCUUGUCUGACUGUAUACGUGAAAUUGUCCAUCAAAAUUUCAUUAGUCAUUCAUAAUUUUUGUAUUACUUUUCUACUGAUAUUAACUCACUGCUGAUUAUGAUCUCAUUUGUAUCAAUUUAGUGGUAUAAAUAUUUAAUUAGAAAUGAUUCAUUCGUGAUGUUAUUUUGUAAGUUACAUGAAACUGAAGUUUAACGAACUUGUUUUAUGUUGUUAUUUAGUGAUAGGUUGUUAUUUACAUAGACAACUUCGAACUUGUGUGGAGCUUGCAUUACAAUUAAUAAUAAGCAAUAAAUAUUAAAUGUCAAAUAUUUGCAGAAAUA